ACCACAGCUCCCGGCAGCCCCUGCGCCCCAGCCUGUGGAUGCGGGAGCAGCGGGGAUAAUGAGAUGCGUGUGAAGCGGCUCUGUCCCGCGGGGCGCCGGAGUCGCUCUGUCCCGCAGGCGGAAUACGACGUUUCAAAAUGCUGCAGAUUAUCUGGGUGAACCUAGAGAUUAGAUUUAAUGUGCUUGUGUUUUUAGAAAUGCUGUUCCUGCUUUUCAUGAGAGAGAACACUUUACAAAAAUGAAAAAUUGGAGAUUAAUGAAGGUAGCUUUUUUACCAUGUCUGUACAUGUUAAUGAACUCUGAGAAGAACUUUUGAAGAAAGAAUAGAUUCGUCAUAAACACUGAUAUACGCAGUAUUAUUGGCUCAGGAUGCUAUCCACAUGUUUUUUUGUUUAAAUAGAAAAAGACAUCUAAGUGAAGAUGAGACUGUGUUUGAUAUAUAGUGUCUGGAGUUAAGUGAGAGAAGAAAUAUUUUUAAAGAUCUACCAACAAUAAUCUCUAUCUGAGACCAAGAUUUUCUCAAAAGAAAUAAAAUGAAGGACCUGUGUGAGAAAGUGGUAUUGAUUUAUUCCUCUGAAGGAGACAAUUUCAUGAUGAUUUAAGCCUCUACCAACAUCUGGAUGUGAUGCUAAAGGCAAGUCUGUGUCUUUGAUCAGCUGACUGAAACUGUGGAAAGACUUUAAAUUAAAAGGUCCUAACUUCUGGCUGAAAUUCUCUUGCUCAUCAGCUUGAACAGAAUGAAAGGGAAAAUGAACAUGACGUAUCAGUCAGGGGCCUCUUACUGAACUGAAAAAGGGAAACUUUAGACUGUCCUUUAAACUGUAAAAUUAUAACAAACACCCUGGUCAAAUAUUUUUUAAAAAAAGUUGACUACUAGGCAGAUCUCUACAGAUUUAAAGAAAGUCAGAUGUCAGCAAACGAUUCCUCUCCUCCAUCCUUACAGAAGUUUUCUCCUCCUGCAUCUCAUGCUGCUGCACCACCAACCCCUUCUCUGUCUUCAAGUCCCCAGUCGGGACUCUCCAACCGGCUAUCCAAUGGCAGCCUCAGUACACAGAGUCUCACCAACUCCAGGGGCUCUGUGCAUGGGGUCUCAUUCCUGCUGCAGAUCGGUCUCACUCGGGAGACUGUCACCAUUGAAGCUCAGGACUUGUCCCUCUCAUCUAUCAAAGACCUAGUCUGUUCUAUAGUUUACCAGAAGUUCCCAGAGUGUGGUUUCUUUGGCAUGUAUGACAAAAUUCUCCUCUUUCGCCAUGACCUGAACUCAGAAAAUAUUUUACAGAGGAUUACAUCAGCAGAAGAGAUACAUGAAGGAGAUCUUGUUGAGGUUGUGCUUUCUGCUUUGGCUACUGUUGAAGAUUUCCAGAUUCGUCCUCAUGCACUUUAUGUGCAUUCUUACAAGGCCCCUACAUUUUGUGACUAUUGUGGGGAGAUGCUUUGGGGUUUGGUACGACAAGGAUUGAAAUGUGAAGGCUGUGGAUUAAACUACCAUAAGCGGUGUGCCUUCAAGAUCCCAAAUAACUGUAGUGGAGUGAGAAAGAGGCGUUUGUCAAAUGUGUCUUUACCAAGUGCUGGGCUUUCAAUUCCCAGACCAGUGCAAACUGAAUACACAGCCACAGCCACUGAAGAGCGCUGCCAGCCAGAGCCCAGCAAGAGAAUUCCCUCCUGGAGUGGGCGUCCAAUCUGGAUGGAAAAGAUGGUGCUUUGCAGGGUGAAGGUUCCUCACACCUUUGCUGUCCAUUCCUAUACUCGUCCCACCAUAUGCCAGUACUGCAAACGUUUGCUCAAAGGCCUUUUUCGCCAAGGAAUGCAGUGUAAAGAUUGCAGAUUUAACUGUCACAAACGUUGUGCAUCUAAAGUACCUAGAGACUGUCUUGGAGAGGUGGUUUUCAAUGGAGAACCUUCUAGUCCAGGCCAAGAUUUGGACAUGCCAAUGGAAGUUGACAGCAAUGAAAUAAACAGUGACGGUAGUCGGGGUUUGGAUGAUGUAGAAGAACCCUCCCCUCCAGAGGACAAAAUGUUCUUUAUGGACCCUUCUGAUCUUGAUGUGGACAAAGAUGAAGAAGCUGUCAAAACUAUCAGUCCAUCAACAAGCAAUAAUAUUCCACUAAUGAGGGUUGUACAGUCAAUCAAGCACACAAAGAGGAAGAGCAGUACAAUGGUGAAGGAAGGAUGGAUGGUUCACUAUACCAGCAGAGACAACCUGAGAAAGAGACAUUACUGGAGACUGGAUAGUAAAUGUCUUACGCUAUUUCAAAAUGAAUCUGGAACAAAAUAUUACAAGGAGAUUCCACUUUCAGAAAUUCUCCAGGUGAAUCAGCCUCGAGAUUUCUCAAACAUGGUGCAGGGCAGCAACCCACACUGUUUUGAGAUCAUCACUGACACCAUGGUAUACUUUGUUGGCGAAAAUAAUGGCAACAGCCAUCACAAUCCUGUUCUUGCUGCCACUGGAGUUGGAUUUGACGUAGCUCAAAGCUGGGAGAAAGCCAUCCGUCAGGCUUUGAUGCCAGUCACUCCUCAAGCUAGCGUGUGCACUGCAGCAGGACAAGGAAAAGAUCACAAGGAGUUAUCUCUCAGCAUCUCUGUUUCAAAUUGCCAGAUUCAGGAGAAUGUGGAUAUCAGCUCUGUAUAUCAGAUCUUUGCUGAUGAGGUCCUAGGUUCUGGUCAGUUUGGCAUUGUAUAUGGAGGAAAACAUAGGAAGACUGGAAGGGAUGUGGCUAUUAAAGUCAUUGAUAAGAUGAGAUUCCCCACAAAACAGGAAAGUCAGCUUCGCAAUGAAGUUGCCAUUCUGCAGAAUUUGCACCACCCUGGGAUUGUAAACCUGGAAUGUAUGUUUGAAACCCCAGAACGGGUGUUUGUUGUGAUGGAAAAGUUGCAUGGAGAUAUGCUGGAGAUGAUUCUUUCUAGUGAGAAAAGUCGGCUGCCAGAACGAAUCACAAAGUUCAUGGUCACCCAGAUACUUGUUGCUUUGAGAAAUCUACACUUCAAGAACAUUGUGCACUGUGAUUUAAAACCGGAAAACGUACUACUAGCAUCAGCAGAACCAUUCCCUCAGGUGAAGCUGUGUGACUUUGGUUUUGCGCGCAUCAUAGGCGAAAAGUCUUUCAGGCGCUCUGUGGUUGGAACCCCUGCCUACCUUGCUCCUGAGGUGCUCCGGAGUAAAGGUUACAAUCGCUCUCUGGAUAUGUGGUCAGUGGGAGUAAUUGUCUAUGUGAGCCUUAGUGGUACAUUCCCAUUUAAUGAGGAUGAAGAUAUAAAUGACCAAAUCCAAAAUGCAGCAUUUAUGUAUCCACCAAACCCCUGGAAGGAAAUUUCUAGUGAAGCCAUUGAUUUAAUAAAUAAUUUGCUUCAAGUGAAGAUGAGAAAGCGUUACAGUGUUGACAAAUCUCUUAGUCACCCCUGGCUACAGGAUUAUCAGACUUGGCUUGACCUUAGAGAGUUUGAAACUCGCAUUGGAGAGCGUUACAUUACCCAUGAGAGUGAUGAUGCUCGCUGGGAAGAACAUGCUUAUGAACACAACCUUGUGUACCCCAAACAUUUCAUUAUGGCCCCUAAUCCAGAUGAUAUGGAAGAAGACCCUUAAUAUUCACCAUGCUAACUUCAUUAUAGAAGGAAGCUUCAGAUAGAAACUGAUGUUGAUACUUUUCUGGACAGAUAUUGCUCUUUGAAUGUUGUUCAGAUGAUUCAAUCUACAAAACCAUGAAGGAUCCUGCACUGGCAGGUGGAUGAGCAAAAUGACCUAACAAGUUUUUCUUCAUCUCUAAUUUCUUGAACUAUGAAAUGUGAUCUGGCAAUGGGAUAAGCAACUUAGGUAACAUUUCACUAGCUGUAUGGUUACGGACGAUGUUACCGAGGUGUAAUGCAUACAGACUGAAUGCAUGGUGUGUGUUUUCUGUGUUUUUUGUAGCCUAUGCAAUAACGAAACAAUUUUUUUUUAUGGU